AACUAUUCAGAGGGGCCGAGGCGCGCUGCUACAGGAGCCCACGGGUUCCAUUUUUUCCUUGAGAAAUUCCGCGCGUAUGCGGUCGUAUCCAUAGCUCCAUCAUUUCCCCUCGCAAUUUUACGCGUUUGAUUUAUUUGAUCGGUGAGGCGGCUGGUACUUGAGAUUUGUCGUGCGGGCGUGUAGCGUCACGGGCGGUGUGUCAUUCCACACAGAUCGCAUGUUGAUCACGAAGCCGCUUGAUCCGGAGCUCCGCUAUCUGCAAAACGUGGCAGAUUGUAUAAUUUUAAGGCCUUUUUUUAAAGGAUGCAGAUGUGAUCUGGUGUUUUUGACGGGUGUAACGAAAAGUAUACUGGAAGCAGGAUGUCCUUCUACGCCGUCAUUAUACCGGCCCUUUAUAUUAUUUUCUCAGCCUGGCAGGUGAGUGCAAAUGAGGACUGCUUGUGGUAUGUGGACAAAAAUGGCACCUGGCACAAUGGUUUUGACUGCCCGCUCAUAACUUUCUGCUGUGGGAACUGUCACCGCCGCUACUGCUGCCUGGAUGGCUUCAAGAUGAUCACCGAGGCGGGACAGAAGCGCUGCAUGCUGUUCCAUCUCAGCCCUUCCACUAUAGCUGGCAUUGCUUCAUCGAUCCUGCUCUUUGUGGCUGCUAUAGCAACCAUGGUCUGUUGCUUCAUGUGUUCCUGUUGUUACCUGUACCAGCGCCGCCAGCAACGUGGCAGAACCCCUUAUGAAGCCCAGCAUAUCCCAAUGGCCAGCUAUCCUGUGGAGCACAUGUACGAUGCCUCUGGUAAACCCAUUGGACAUCCUGAUUAUCCUGGAUAUCCAAUGGUGCCGCAAUAUCCAGGUGUCCCCUACCAUUAUCCUAUGAUGCCCCAGGGUCCUUAUCCUCCCAAUCCUCCUGACGCAGGAUACAGUCAAGCAGCUCCUCCGCCAUAUUCCCCUCCCCAGUACCCAGGGCACUGAGAGAGCUGAGGUCCCUCAGCAAGGAGAAGAUAACCCAUAGAAUGGGUGAUGAAGAGGGCCCAAGCUUGUACGGAAUCCCUUGUAUGAUGAGAUUUAUGUUAUUUAUUUCUUGAUUAAUUUGUGGAGUGAAGCAUGAACUGACCUCAGAAUCGCCUCACGCAUCGGGAGUGUUUUCUUGUUUGAUGUACAGCUUUCAUGUGUCACUAAACAGCGAGACUCCUCCCACUUUAAUCCAGCAACUCACAGACUCAGAAGACUGCUUUAAAUGUGCCAUUAUGUUUUGUCCAACUCUCCAAAAUGGAUUGUUAAAUGUGACUUUUCUGCAAAAGACUGACUGACUGCUAGUUCUGACUCAUCCAGGAUGUCAUUCUCUGUUCAGCCAAAUAAGAAGCUUGUGUCAUUUGCACUUUAUUCUGUAAUAGACAUGCUUAGCUGUCUCUCCCAGUUUGUGUGUUCAAAAUGUAUUUAUUUGACCACUAAUUCAAGCAUGUCACUUGCAUCAUUAACAUUAAUUCAUGCUCUACGCUUUUCAUGUCUUAUAGACAGCUAACAUGUGGACAUGAAAUGUAGUUUUUAUGGCCAGUUAACAUGCAGUAUGUAAAUAAGAGAGAACUUACAUUAGGAACAAAUUUCAUGUUUCAUAGCAUCCAACCAAACUUCAUUCUGUGCAUAUAAAAGUCGUCAACUCUCUUUAGAUUUGGCUUGAGGUUGAGUACUGUUAAUGCCCCUUAGAUUUGCAUGUCUUUAGUUGUAUCUCAUGCUACCUAGGUCAGUUGUAAAGGGAAUCACAAAAAUGUGUGCAUUCGGUGUCUGCAUUUGUUUCAGAAAGCUUUCACAGUCAUUUCCGUUCUUUUGUUACAUAUAGUAAGAUACGUUUAAACAGUCCCUUUAGUUUUCCCUCCAUAUUCUGAAAAAAUGAUCACAAUGGUGAAAUUUGUUGGUCAUAUUUAUCAUUCUUUAGCAAAUUUUUGCAGGCAGUAUUUUUGGUAUGAAUCCAUGCAUUCAGGAAUUUCUCAUGCGGGCAUAAGAUUUUCUAAUGCAGAUUUUCAAUUUGCAGCGUUGACCAAUGGAAAGCUUCUUGGUUUGAAAGCAACUUCUAUGUGAGCUGUGCUUUAUUACAGUACUAUUCACAACAGACAAUGGACCAUUUUUUGCCUGCAAAUUUGACUGCACAGUGAACCAGAACUUCCAUUGCUACCAUAUUGAAAUUACAAUUUUCCCCAUUCAUAUAAGCAUGAGUGGACCAUCAUAAAUCAAUUUAAAAGUUCAUUAUAAAUGACAAUUUUUUUAAUGAUAAAUUAAAUAUAAAUGAAAAUAAUUAUAAAUUGUGUAUCAGCUUAAAAUAAUUCACAAGGUACAUUUGAAGUGUUUUUUUUUUUUGUUUUGUUUUUUUACAUUAAAUGAUUUAUGCUACCUCCUCAUCUCACAUUUGUAAGAUUAGUUGUGAUGCUUUGUCCAUGGUUUAAAUAACUUGUUAGUUAUUUAACUUAAUGUAUAGUUAACAGUGUUGUUUUUGCUAUAUACAGCAUAUGCUACUAUAGUUGUCACUUUGGAAUGUGAAGUACAAAUAACAAAAGGAUAUAUAAAGAGGAAUUUUUACAAUGUGGAAUAAUAACAGGUAUUUUCAACUUGGGGGGGGAAGGCGAUUAAUAGGCUACUAGUGCUUGAACUUGCACUAAUCAUGCUAUAAGAAAGGUCUAACUGAAGGAGUAUUGCAUAAUUCUCUUUUUACAAUAAAAACAGAAUUGACUUUG